GCAUGCCUGGAAUUUGUGUAGGCUGUAAUGAGGCAGGGAAAGGAGGGUUCCUUUGUCACAACAAACAAGGAGAAAGCUUUUCGCAGUCUCUUCGAUUUACCAAUGCCUCAUCCGAAGCUUUCAGCUCUUAUUGAUUCCAUCUGCAAUUUUGUUAUCUGCAAUAACUCUUCCCUUCGAGGUCAGCCCAUUAUCUUCAAUCCUGACUUUUUUGUGGAAAAACUCCGUCAUGAGAAACCUGAGGUGUUCACUGAGUUGGUGGUCAGCAAUAUCACAAGGCUCAUUGAUUUACCUGGAACUGAAUUGGCUCAGCUGAUGGGAGAAGUGGAACUUAAGUUGCCUGGUGUGGCUGGCCCAGCGACAGGAUUCUUCCGGUCUCUAAUGUCUCUCAAGCGAAAGGAAAAAGGAGUAGUAUUUGGAUCCCCACUUACAGAGGAAGGCAUUGCUCAGAUAUACCAGCUAAUUGAAUAUCUACACAAAAACUUACGAGUGGAAGGUUUGUUUAGAAUACCAGGGAAUAGUGUCCGACAGCAGAUUUUAAGGGAUGCUCUCAAUAAUGGAACUGAUAUUGAUUUGGAAUCAGGGGAGUUUCACUCAAAUGACGUUGCCACCUUGCUGAAGAUGUUUCUAGGAGAGUUACCUGAGCCCCUGCUGACACAUAAACAUUUCCAUGCACACCUCAAAAUUGCUGAUUUGAUGCAGUUUGAUGAUAAAGGAAACAAGACCGAUAGACCAGAUAAGGAGCGGCAAAUUGAAGCUCUCCAGUUGCUCUUCCUCAUCCUCCCUCCACCCAAUCGUAACUUGCUGAAGUUACUGCUCGAUCUCCUGUACCAGACAGCAAAGAAACAAGACAAGAAUAAGAUGUCUGCCUAUAACCUUGCCCUUAUGUUUGCACCCCAUGUCAUGUGGCCAAAAAAUGUCACUGCAAAUGACCUUCAAGAGAACAUCACGAAGUUAAACAGUGGGAUGGCUUUUAUGAUUAAACACUCCCAGAAACUUUUUAAGGCUCCUGCUUACAUUCGGGAAUGUGCCAGAUUGCACUAUUUGAGCUCCAGAACUCAAGCAUCCAAGGAUGAUCUUGAUCUGACAGCUUCGUGUCAUUCUAAGUCCUUCCAACUGGCAAAAUCUCAGAAAUGGAACCAGAUGGAUUCCUCCUCUCAUCAGGAGGAGACCCAGCAGCGGACAGAAGAGGCACUGAAAGAGCUGUUCCAACAUGUUCACAAUAUGCCCGAAUCAGCAAAGAAGAAGCAGCUUAUCAGACAGUUUAAUAAGCAAUCUGUGACCCUAACACCAGGGCAAGAACCUUCUACUCCCCGGGUACAGAAGAGGGCCCGUUCACGUUCCUUCAGUGGCCUUAUUAAGCGGAAGGUCCUGGGAAGUCAGAUGAUGUCAGAAAGGAAGAACAAGGCCCCUACGCCGGAAUCUCUAGCCAUUGGUGAAUUGAAGAGAGCCAGCAAAGAGAAUAUGAACUUAUUUUCUGGAUCUCCAGAUGGCACAAUGACACCAACAAGAUUGAAAUGGCCAGAGGGGAAGAAAGAGGGGAAAAAAGGAUUCCUCUGAAGGACCCAGAGUUCUCCUGUUGUCCACCAGAGUUUGCUCUGCAAUGGGCCAGGUGCCAUUCCCGCUCGCAGAGAAGGGUGGACUUGCAGCUUGCUGCUGCAGUUUGAAUUGUGAAAGUUACUAAUCCUGUAACUCGACUGAUACCUCUAACUCCACUCACUGGUGUUUCUGCAAACUCUGCCUUCUGAACCAGUACCAGCAGCUCUUUUUUUUUUUUUUAAACGUUAUGGGGAAACCACUAACCAGCUUACACGGCACAGUAAAUGGCAGAACUAGGCAGACGCCAGUGCUGAUUUCAUGUAUUUGUUUAGGCACAGUCUGUUUUUAAAAAUAGGAGAUUUGUGCUCAACUGCCAGUGUUUUGUUUUUUAAAGUACUGUCAUCCUAGUGGAUUGAUGCUAUUUUUAACAGAUAUUUUGGACUUUUCUCUAUUUUGAUAGUGUUGGGUAUUUUUGUCAUUAUUUCUUGUUUAUUUGUUGCUUGUUUAUCUUUUAAAGCUAUUUUUGUUUAUGUAAUCUAAAUGGGCUCUAAGCCAGAUGUCUUUCCUCUCUUUUUUACCUUCAACUUUGGGAAAACUUACCUCAUGAGGCUGUAGUCCUCAAUACCUUAUUUAUGUCCAAGGAAUUUAUAGCUUUCCUGGAAAAUUUGUAGGUUUUCUUGGGUGUGAGAUUGCAGAUUAUUUGGCCUGCAGUAUUGAAAAAGGAGAAUUCAGAAUGAUACAAUAUUUUAACAAAUGUUAAUUAUUAGAUUGUGUUCCUCCCUCUCUUCUCUCUCUCUCCCUCCUUUCUUCUUUCCUCAGUGAUGUCAGAUAAUUGUGUGAUUGUUGAACUUGUUUCCUUCCUUCAGUUUUCUCUGCCUAAAACAUCUCUGGUGCCCAUGUGGUGCCAAUACUCCUGUCAAAUCACUGUGACUCAAGGGAAGUCUCUGACUGCUUACUAGAGGUUUGCCGAAAUAUCUAUAUGUAGUGGAAGCUCCAGAGUAUGACUGGGUGGGGCUGGUUGUUUUGUCCAGGACGACUCCUUGGGGUGGGGGUAUGGUGGGGGUAGGGGGUGUUCUACUGCAUUCUUCUAAGAGGUCAGGUGUGCAGGCUAGACAGUCUCCUGAGAGCCAGCUGGAGGCAGAGGAAGGAAGUGAGCAGUAGUCUCCGCAGGACUUAAAGGAGAGAAUGUCCUCAUGGGAAGCAGCGUGGCUUAUCACCAGAGUCCUAAGAGCUGCACAGCCCCCCUCCUUGUCAGAAUGGGCACGGGGAGGAGUGGGGCGAUGGGUUGGAGCGGCUGCUUUGAUGGGGUUGAGAUGCUCAUGUGUGUUUGGGGUGAGCAGAGGCAUGCCUUUGAUCUUGUGUGAAUACUCACUGCCCGAGAGCAGCACGUGGCAAGGGAGAAGGUUCGGUUUGUGCCUGCUCCUUAAGCUGUGUGACGCUCUCACCCGUGUGCUGGAGCGGAGUCAGGCCUCUGUGGUGAAGCAGUUGCCCAGCAAGUAUGGUUGGCUGACCUGUUUUGAAACUAUUGAAAUGCUGUGUUACUGCUGAAAUGAAAAUGACCCUGGGGAGCAGAGUUUGCUUUUGUGUCCAGUGCCAGUCCUCUUUUUCAUAUUUACUGUUUCUUCUGCUGCUGUAACGGCAAUAGUGAAGGGACAGAAAGGUAAAAUUUGGCCUUCCAAUUUGAUAGAUUGUGAACAAUUGAUGGGUAGGGGUAUAAAACUGCUUAGAAGUCCCUUCCUGUAGAGCAGUUUUAUGUCAUUCUUAAAAGUACUUAUUAGCAAAUUCAUUUGUGUAUGGUUUCUAUUUGGCUUUUUUCCUUAUUGAGAAAAAAUAAAUUCCUUGCGCCAGCUGUCAGGGAAUUCAGAAACCCCUUUUGGUGUGAACAGACCGAGGCAGUGUUCUCCCUUCACUCCACACUUUAUUCAUCUAACUGUUUCCCCCUGGGGUGUGGACUGUCCUGGUGGUCUGGCAUCCGCUCGUGGGAGCAGAGCAGGGACUGCUGCCCCUCGUCAUCGGGCUUGUGCUGUGGCUCUGUCUGCGGGAGGUUCCUGAGAUUCGGGAGACGGGUUGUGUGGAGUCAGUAGUGCGCUUGGCUGGGUGUUGGGAGAUGUCUGUCACAGCAUGUGCUUUUAUGUAGCUCACCCGUGUGCAGGUUCUCUCUGUAUUUGGGUAUGUGUUUCAUUUAAGUUAUUUAUUAAGUAUGCUUUCCCUUGUGUUAAGGGUAUGAUAGGUCAUUUUUUUAAAUAGAAGCUGUGAUCCAGUUGGAAUUCAAAUAUGAGAAAUAAAUAGUAUAACCUUCUGCCUUGUCACAUGUAACUGUUCUAAUCCUGUGGAAUUUUAUGGAGGACGCAAAGACAAGCCCUUUUCAUUGGCCACAGAAGGGCAGUGUCUCCCUUUUCACUGGUGGGAGGGUAUUUUUGAGCCAGUAUUUAACAAUUUUUUAAAUCUAUAAGAUUUUUUAAAAUGUUAUGUUUACUUUUUAUGUUGGAUCAGUCUCUGGAAAUGCCUCUUCGUCUGGCUGAGAAAAUUCAUUUUUUCUGGGGUCAGUUGCGAUGGGUUUUGCUGUGGUGUGAAUACGGGGCAGUGUUUUGUGCCGGAGGGCUCAAGCAUAAAAACCCAGCCUGCUUCAUUGAUUCACAUCUGCACUGGGUGAGCUGCAGUGGUUGAAUCAGUGAAAACCAGAGGCAUGGGAGUUUCUUACCUUUUACAAUGAUGGAUUUUUGCACUGGGACCAAUGAAUCUGGUUUGAGAACUCCACUGCAAAAAAAUGAAGAAACAAAAAAAAAACCCAAAACAAAACAAAAAGAAAACAACAAAAGAAGGAAAAAAUGACACAAAAAAAUUCCCGAGAAACCUCCAUUGCAGCAAUGAAAGAUUAGGAGAUCCUAAUACUAUACCCGAGAGGCAACAUAUUAAAGGAGCUGGAGCUUUCUCAUACCUGAAACCAAGCUCCAGCUCUUUACUCGCCCCAAGCUCUUUACUCUGACGUCCCUUCAGCGUCAGUCCGCGAUGACAUGGGAGCCCCCCCCCCCCCCGGGGAAGUGGGGUAGUGCAAGCUGUUGACUGUGGGGACCACUGGGUGUUCAGAGGUGGUGGUUUGGUUGGCCUGUAAGGACGCCACUUAAUCCCAGAGUGGCAGAGCAGACCAUUCUCUCCUGAAUAGCAGUGUUUCUGUUCAGCUUUCCUUUCAGCAGCCUCUAUUAGACGCGGUUUAAAGUACUGCCUUGUAGGAGAACCUGAGGUCAUCGCUGUGCCCCACAGUGACCGGCCUGUGCUGUGCAUAACUGGGGAAGCCAUCUUUGGGAUCGGACUUCUCUGGACUCCCUGCUUCCUUAUUUCAUACGGGGCCUUGUACAGGUGCUGGAAGCUGAUGGCUCUUGUUCUGGAGUCUUUUCUAAGUAGAACACCUUUCCCCAGGAGAGAGCCUCCUCCUUGCCCUCCACCCUGAAGUCUUUGUGUGGAAGGCAGGACCCCAUCCCAAACCUGGAUACCAGCAUUUGGCCGGAUUGCCCUAGAUUUGGGGGAAGAUUUGGGUUCCUAAGAUGCACAUGCAUUUUAGACCAGUGGCAACGAGCCCAAUCUAAAACGGCUGUAAAAACCUGGUUUUCCUA